GUCAUGUCAAAAGCAGUAUUUUCCUUCUAAUGAGUAAACCCAAGCAAGGAACAGUCGAGGAGUGACUCUUUUGUCAGCAGUCACUUUUUCCACGGAUUACCACUCCAGGAUAAUGCCUGUGUGUCUGGAUUCGUGAUAAUUUCGCCGUCCACAUCGAAAAUUCCGUAGUGCCACCAAGAACCAACCUAGCCAUGAAAUACUACUUGUUCGCGUCCCUCCUGUUCCUCUGGGUGUGCGCCUCCCAGCAACAGCAGCAGAUCCUCGUACCUGAAAAGUUGGUCGUGCAGAACCCCUGCGUGUCCAAGCAGACUUGUGGAGAAUGCAUCCAGACUCCAACCUGUGCCUGGUGCUCACAGCCGAAUUUUGGGAACGGAACCAGAGUGAAGAGGUGCUUCCAGCCCGAAGGAACUGAGCGUAGCAAAUUCCAGUGCAAAAGGGAACAUAUCGUCAAUCCUGACAAUGUGUACACCGUGCUGCAUGCCAAGCAGCUGACCAAGGCCAAAGAAGGCUAUGAGUCUGUCCAAGUCCACCCGCAGAGAGUCAGCCUAAAAUUGCGCAUUGCCGAGGCCUACCGAUUCACCAUGGACUAUGCCCAGGCAGAAGACUAUCCUGUCGACCUUUACUAUUUGAUGGACCUGUCUAAGUCCAUGGAGGACGACAAGGACAAACUUUCUGAGUUGGGUGAUCUGCUGGCCCAGGCUAUGCAAAACAUCACUUCCAAUUUCAGACUGGGUUUCGGCAGUUUUGUCGACAAAGUUGUCAUGCCAUACGUUAGCACUGUUCCUAAAAAAUUACAGGCGCCAUGUGACGGUUGUGAAGCACCGUACGGUUUCCAUAAUCACAUGAAACUAGAUGUUAACACUGCCAAGUUUGCCGGUGAAGUGAAGAAAGCAGCAGUGUCUGGAAAUCUAGACGCACCUGAGGGUGGUUUUGACGCCAUCAUGCAGGCGGUUGUGUGCCGUGAGCAAAUCGGUUGGAGAGAAAAGGCUCGCCGUCUUUUGGUGUUCUCCACUGAUGCUGGAUUCCACUAUGCCGGAGAUGGAAAGCUUGGUGGAAUUGUGAAGCCCAAUGAUGGUGAAUGCCACAUUGACGAAUUUGGCAAGUACACCCACUCCACCCUGCAGGAUUACCCCUCCAUAUCUCAGGUCAACCUAAAGGUCAAACAGAACGCCAUCAACGUCAUCUUUGCGGUUACUGCUAACCAGAUCAACAUUUACGACAAACUCAAGGACAACAUUGAAGGAGCCUCUGCUGGAACCCUUUCCGAGGACUCUUCCAACGUAGUCGAUCUUGUCCGAGACCAGUACAACAAAAUCUCAUCUUCAGUCGAGAUCAAGGAUAACGCGACCAGCGCUGUGAAAGUGACCUACUACUCCAGCUGUCUCAGCCCUGGUCCUCUGAAGCAGACCAGCAAGUGCGAUGGUCUCAAAGUUGGGACCAAGGUGAGCUUUGUGGUGGAAAUCGAGGUGACCAGCUGCCCCAAGGACAGGAAGGAGUGGAACCAGAUCCUCCACAUCUACCCGGUGGGCAUCAACGAGAGUCUGAUCGUUGACCUGGAAAUGCUGUGUGACUGUCCGUGUGAGAACCCUGGAAAUCCUGGUUUCAAGCAAAACGCAAAGGAAUGCUCCUACUCAGGAACCUACAAGUGCGGUGUCUGCGAAUGCGAUGACUCUCACUUUGGCCGCAAGUGUGAAUGCAACAGCGAAAACGCCCAUGGCACCAAGGACCUGACCUCCAGCUGCAGACCUGACAACUACACCACUGUGGAUUGUUCAGGAAGGGGCAGCUGCGUCUGCGGUGUUUGUGAAUGUGAAGCCAGGCAAAAUCCUGAUGAGCACAUUUCUGGUCCGUUCUGCGAGUGCGACAACUUCUCUUGCGAUCGACACAAUGGCCUUCUUUGCGCCGGCGCCGACCACGGCACCUGUGUUUGUGGCACGUGCCAGUGCAACGCUGGCUGGACCGGUAAGGCGUGUGACUGCAAGAUAUCCCAGGACACUUGUAUUCCUCCAGGAGGCGGAGAAAUUUGCUCCGGCAAGGGCUCUUGCGAGUGUGGCGUUUGCAAGUGCCACGAAGACCCUGAGAAAGGAAGAUACUUUGGCAGAUAUUGCGAGAAGUGCAAUACUUGCACCGGCCGCUGCAAUGAGUUCAAGGAGUGUGUUCAAUGCCAAGUAUACAAGACUGGAUCGUUUGAUGAGGAAGAAUGUAUGCAAAACUGCACGUUUGUCCCCUCAGUAGUGGACGUUGUUGAAGCUGAUGAGGACAAGGAUGAGUACCUCUGCCGGUUCUACGACGAGGAUGACUGUCGAUUUGCGUAUGUGUACGCUUGGGACGAAAAUGGAAAGAUUGUAGUCCGCGCCCAAGAGCAACGCGACUGCCCACCACAAAUUUAUAUCCUUGGCAUUGUCCUUGGUGUGAUUGGAGCUAUUGUACUUAUUGGUCUGGCACUUCUGCUUCUGUGGAAGCUGCUCACCACCAUCCACGACAGGCGCGAGUUUGCCAAGUUUGAGAACGAGCGCAUGAUGGCUAAAUGGGACACUGGAGAAAACCCAAUUUACAAGCAGGCCACAUCCACCUUCAAGAACCCCACCUACGCUGGAAAGUAAAGAGCUGAAUCUUUAGUUGACGUGAACACUUGAGUGAGAAAUGUCAGUGACUAACGAUGUCUAAUUUUGAUAGUCAGAACGAAGGUUUGAAUGAUGAGAAUUAGGUUGUCCGGUGCUUUGUAGUUAGAUAAAUCUAGUUCUUGACCUCUCCCUCAGUCAAUUAUUUCUUAUUUUUCGUACAUAUUUCGCGUGUUUGAUGUCAUGGGAAAUUUUUUAUUUCUGGUAAUUUAUUAACUUCAGUGCCAUCGUUUCGUCUUCAAUGGAGUGUCAACAUGUUGGGUCCUUUUUAUAUGAUGUGCGUUGCCUUCAAAGAUAUAAAACCGUGCCUCUGAUGAAAGAAAUGUGCUUUGUGUGUUUGCAAGAAGCAGCUAAAAAGUAUUGCCUUAGCAAAAGACUAAAUCUGAAAUAAUAUAUACUUACCAAUUCAAGUUGAACUAAAAUUUAAAAUUGUAUUAGUAAAAUUUCUGACCGGUGUUUACAAAUUUUAUAAGAUUUUGCAUGGUAACAAACUAAUUGAAUGUAUGUUGAGUCAAGAAUAGAUUCAUUAUUAUGUAAUAUGCGAAAAUAUUGAACUUUCACUGCCGUCAGUUAUUGGAAAUUGGUAUCGCUGAGGAUAAUUGUGCGUACCUAUCUGAAUAUCAGUGUUAAGCACUAAACUUAGUCCUUCCAUUUUUGAGAGCAGUAUGUCAUGCCCACAUAACAGUGGGCACUAGUGUAUUAUUUGUUAUUCAAUCUUUUCUUAAGGUGCUAACGAAAUCCGUACUCUUUGCCGUGGUAUGUUUACAGUUAAUCACUGAUUUAAAAUCAAAGACUAAUUUAAUGUACUUCAGAAUUAAUGGCCGCAAUUACAGGCACAAUGAAAGUUUUGAAUUUGUGACAUCGGUUAACAAAUAUAUUAAUUGUAUAGAAAUUUACGAUUAUUGAAUAAACAUGUAAUACCGAGAAAA